UGAAACCAAACUUUAUUCGCAAAUAGAUAAGUUACCGUUGAGACACACAAAGACAACUCUCAACAACUUAAAGCAAGAGUCUCGAAAGAAAAACAGAUCAAGCAAUGAGCUUCACUUUUCUCAAAUUUUUUCAAGUUGUUGCACUUGCCGCUGGUUUGGGAAGUGUUGGCUUCUUCACAAAAGAACGCGUUGAUUCUAAUUCAGAAGCAUAUAAACGAGGCGUUCUUGGUAGACAGGAAUUUUUUCUUUAUACGAGCUGCGUUGGAGUUGUUAUUUCAAUCGUUGGGUGGGUUCUCAACUUUAGUGGAUUAAUCAAUAAAAAGCACAAUGCUGUAACUAUGGCAACAGUGCAAGGUAUAUGGACGAUACAGUUAUUGGUCACCACAAGCCUAAUUACCGUUGUUUUCUCUUGGUACAACAAGGGCAUAGGAGGCAGGUCUUUCUGUGAAGGUGGGGAUGCCGCCAGAAACACAUGUGGUCAACUGAUUGGUGGAAUGGUCUUUGGUUUUAUUGCCGCCAUAUUGUAUGGAGUGGAUGCUAUUUUCACUUUCAAAACUUCUACGGAACAGAGUUAACAUGGAAGCAAAUUUAUCGCAUUAUUCCUCAACCAACAAACAAAAUCAAUGUUUUUGUGUCAUUUAGGUUAUUGUAACAUUUUCAUGUAAAGUAACUGUUACAUCAUUAAGCAUGCAUUUGAAUAAAAGUAAGAAUUUUCGUCCUUGCUGUUGAUUAA